AUGAGAAACUCAAUGAAUGCCGAUGAUGUUGAAGUAAGAAAGCCGCAAAAUAAUUCUCAAAAAGAUAACCGGAAACAAAACGAAUCUUCCGAGACUCUCUCAGUCUACGCAUUUCUUGUAUUGGCACUGGUCCAGUACAGCUUAAGGUUCACAAAAUAUGAAGAAUGCUCUCAGAUGUACAAAUGCAAGGUUAUCACCUUCAGUAGAGCUUAG